CAGCCCAUCUAGACCCAUACAGCGUCUGCUUUGUUAAUACGCUAUACAACAUGUAAGUAUAUAUAUUCACAGAUUAGCUAGCUCCAGACCUGCUUCAUCGCUCGCUGCUUAAACCCUAACUCUGCUCACAGAUCUCAAAAUCUAUCGAAAUUACUACGGUUAUGGCUGCACCAGCUGAGCCCACACUUCUAAGGAGAGAGGAGGAAGAAGAUGACGAUUCGAAGCCGGCCGCCGAUGACGAGGAUACCGGCGCUCAGGUUGCUCCGAUCGUCCAGCUGCAGGAAGUCGCCGUCACCACCGGUGAAGAGAACGAAGAUGUUCUUCUUGAAUUGAAAUCAAAGUUGUACAGAUUUGACAGAGACGGUAAUCAAUGGAAGGAGAGGGGUGUGGGGACUGUGAAGCUGCUAAAGCACAAGGAGACGGGAAAAGUUAGGCUUGUCAUGAGGCAGAACAAGACCCUUAAGAUCUGCGCCAAUCACCUCGUCCUAGCCACAAUGUCCGUGCAAGAGCAUCAAGGGAAUGACAAGUCAUGUGUGUGGCAUGCUGCUGAUUUCUCCGAUGGAGAGCUCAAGGAUGAAACUUUCUGCAUUCGGUUUGCCUCUGUGGAGAAUUGCAGAACUUUCAAGGAUAAGAUUGCAGAAAUAGCUGAAGGACAGGCAAACGACAAUGGAGAGGGCAAAGAAGAAGGACAGGCAAACGACAAUGGAGAGGGCGAAGAAGGCGAAACUGCAGCUAGUCUUAUCGAAAAGUUGAGUGUUGGGGCGAAAGACGAGGAGGAGAAACCCGAGUCCAAAGCUGCACCUUCCUCCUCCGCAGAGAAAAAGGGCAAGGAGGAGAAACCAGAAGCUGCCGCGGAGAAGUGAGAGAGAGAGAGGCGAGCCCCUAUGGUAGAGUCUUGUCUUGGUUUUUGGCUGACAAGGUUUGACGCAUGGGUUAUUCAAGUGAAUUAACCCGGCACCAGAUUAUAGUCGUGAAAACAUGGUCUUUCUUCAUUUGGUUUGUUCACUGGUCCCUCGUCAGUCGUCGGUUGGUCGGGUCGGUCGGUCGGGUCGGGCUCCGUUGAUGUUGUUUCGGAGUGUCGUCGUAUGUUGUCUUUACUCUGUCGAGAUAGUAUCUGCAAAAAUUCUUGGACAGGGGUGCAUUACCCUAGCAUAUAAUUCUAUUUUCCUUUAUAUUGAUACGGUUUA